GGCUUCUCUCUGGCUUAAGCAAGAGAUUUACACGGCCUUUUCUCUCAUUUUUUCUCUUCCUUCAUAUGAGAUUACUCAUAACCCAACCUCUCCAUUCACUUAUCCCACCCACCUCUCUGACCCAAUAUAAACUUAUCCCACCCACCUCUCUGACCCAAUAUAAAAUCACUUCCUUGACUUUUUCUGAGACCCAGCCUUUAUAUCAAACUCUAGUGGUGUUGUUCAUCUCAUAAUCUCACGCGUGGGGCACGGUUGAGAGAAGAACCCAUCCAAGCAAAGAUCUAGCACCACCGACACCUUCAUCUCUCACCUGCGUCGACAUCAGUCAGUUCAUCAGCUCCGACCUCUGCCCAGGGGUAAUUUAAGAGAUUCAGCUUUAGCCUAGUAAAGGACUAAAUCUCAAAGGCUUAAAGAGUUCCCGGAGCAUGAUUCACCAUUAAUAAAGACCAGCAUGGAUGAUGCCUUAGAAUCAAUUUCGGUUCUAAAAGCAUGGGUUGUCGGUGUUUUGGUGAUUGGUAUUCUUGACAACUGGAAACUAGCUGAAGGAAGUAAUGAACAUGCAGGAAGAAAACUUGUUGAUCAAGCUUCAGGAUUCAUAAGCAUUGAUUGUGGGGCAACCAAAGAUUACUUGGAUGAAGACACUGGUAUAUCUUACAAGUCAGAUACAGGUUUUGUAGACACUGGGAUAAAUAAAGUCAUAUCCCCUGAAUACCACUCUUCAAAUACUGAUUUCGGGCAGCAAUUAAUAAAUCUGAGAAGCUUUCCCCAAGGAAAAAAUAAUUGUUAUACCCUCAAACCUGAACAAGGGAAAAGCAGCAAUUAUCUCAUUAGAGCUAUCUUCCAAUAUGGAAAUUAUGACAAGAAGAAUGAAAUUCCAACGUUCGAGUUAUAUGUCGGAGACAAUUAUUGGACCACAGUGGAAAUGAGUAGCGUUCCAUUUAUGUAUUUUCCCGAUAUCAUUUAUGUUCUCUCAUCUGACACCAUAUUUAUCUGUUUGAUAAACACGGGAUCUGGAAUACCUUUCAUUUCGGCCUUGGAGUUACGUCCUUUGGACAAGUCCCUUUAUCCAUGUGACAUUGGAGCGUUAAACAAUGGCUGGCGAUACAACUUAGGCACCACAAUUGAUAAGGUGGUUGUCAGGUACAAGAACGAUGUCUAUGGUCGCUUGUGGUAUACUUCUAGUGCGUUGCCAAACUCAGUUCCGAUCAAUACCUCAGUUAUUGACAUACAAAACAACAAUGAUAGUUAUCAACUACCAUCAGAAGUAUUGAGAACUGCUGUCCAGCCAUCUAGUGGUUAUCGUUCCUUAAGUUUUAAUGGCACGCCCAAUUACAUUGGAGAAGCUUAUGUUUGCUUUCACUUUGCUGAAAUUGCAAAACUUACGCAAGGAAAGAAAAGAGAAUUCAUUAUUGAUGUGAAUGGAGGAAGCUAUAUCUCAGAACCUAUAACUCUUGACUACUUAAAGCCACUGUCCAUAUGUCUCAAUCAAACAUUCGAUGGGCAAUUUAGUUUUGUUAUUAGUGCAACAGAAAGUUCUUACCAUCCUCCCAUCCUCAACGCGUUUGAGCUUUACAGAGUAAUUCGUUGGUUUGAACAUGACAAACCAACCAACUCAAGAGAUGAUGGCGAAACGGACGUGAGGACGAACAGGUGGCGAGCAAAUAAGUGGUGGAUAUGGCUCAUUGUGGCAGUAGGGGGAAUCAUGAUCGCCUUUUUGUGCUUAUUAUUCUAUGCAAAAGUGAAAAAAAACAUAGCGGAAGGGGAGAGAAAGAAGAAACAAAAGAUACUUCUACAAGAACUUAGAGGUAAUGCAAUAUCGUCCACUGUACGUGACAAAGUGAAGAAACGAAAUAAUGAUAGGCAAGAUAGCCAUGAGUUGCAAAUCUUCAGCUUUGAAACCAUUUCUGCUGCCACAAGAAAUUUUUCAACUGAAAAUAAAUUAGGAGAAGGUGGUUUUGGACCAGUUUAUAAGGGUGAAUUAUAUGAUGGGCAGAAAAUAGCAAUAAAGAGACUCUCAAGAAGUUCUAGACAGGGAUUGGUAGAGUUCAAGAAUGAAGCUAUUCUUAUUGCCAAACUCCAACACACAAAUCUUGUAAGACUGUUAGGGCUUUGCAUUGAGCAAGAAGAAAAAAUUCUAAUCUAUGAGUACAUGCCCAACAAAAGCUUAGACUUCUUCCUCUUUGAUUCUACUAUGAAGUCUUUAUUAAAUUGGAAAAAACGCUUCAACAUCAUUGAAGGCAUUGCUCAAGGACUUCUUUAUCUUCACAAAUAUUCAAGACUAAGAGUAAUUCACCGAGACUUAAAAGCAAGCAAUAUUUUGCUUGAUGAGGAUAUGAAUCCAAAAAUUUCUGACUUUGGCUUGGCUAGAAUAUUUGGGUUAAAAGGAUUAGAAGAAAACACAAAUAGAAUUGUUGGAACAUAUGGUUAUAUGUCUCCAGAGUAUGCCAUAAAUGGUAUUGUUUCAAUAAAAACUGAUGUAUUUAGCUAUGGAGUCCUACUAUUGGAAAUCGUGAGCAGCAAGAAAAAUAAUAGUUGCUAUCACUCUGAGUAUCCGCUCAACCUUAUAGGAUAUGCAUGGCAGUUAUGGAAUGAAGGGAAAGGUUUGGAACUUAUAGACCCAACAAUAAUAGAUGAGUCAUCCCCUUCAUCUGAAAUAUUGAGAUGCAUUCAUGUUGGUCUUUUAUGUGUACAAGACCAGGCAGCAGAUAGACCUACCAUGCUAGAUGUUGCAACUAUGCUUUCAAGUGAAAUUGUUCAACUGCAUCCUCCAAAACAACCUGCAUAUCUUAUCAACAUUGUUCAAGAAAAAUCAUCAGAGGUUUCUGAAAUUAUGCCAGGAAAUUGUUCCAUUAAUGAUGUUACAAUUUCAGAGAUGAAAGCAAGAUAAAUACUAAGUGAGGGUGGUUACAAUACCACCGGGACUUUUAUUCUUGCAAAAAAAUAUUUUAUAUAAACAAUUUGUUUUAAACUAAACUGUUCUGUCUAUCCAACUUGAGAAUUUCAAGAAUUUGGAUUCAACAAAUAUUAAAUAAUGUACAUCUACAGUAUUUUUAUUAUAAUUGUACGAGGAAUUAUUGGUUA